AUGACGGGGUUCGAGAAAAACAAACUUAUGGACGGCAUUUCUGUUAGAAAAGUGUUGAGUCUUUGUCAGGUGUUAUACCAAAGCGCUGGAGAUGGAGGCACGUUGGGCACUGGGCUUCUGAUGCCCAUAAGGCCGCAUUUCAAACGCCUGAACGGGUCCCUAAGAAGGGUCACUUCCCAGAGAGUGCGCAGGCCCGCCUCUAUUUCGGCUCCUCCAGACGUAGUGCCCCAGUGCGAACAAAAUGGGUUGGUCAAGUGCGGAAGCCCAGAGGGCCCGGAAAUAUGGGCUUCGUCCUUUGAGAAGCUCCUGGAAGAUCCACUAGGAUUACACUGUUUUACCAAUUUUCUGAAGAAAGAAUUCAGCGCAGAAAACAUAUACUUCUGGGCGGCGUGCGAGCGCUACAGGCGGCUACCUUGCGGCACGCUGCGCAGAACCGAAGCCAAACGCAUCUACGAGCAGCACAUGUGCCACGGCGCGCCCGAGCCGGUCAACGUCGACUCGCAGGCGCGCCAGCGCACCGAAAACUCGCUGCUGAAUCCCGACGACAACGCCUUCGAUCUGGCGCAGAAGCAGAUCCUCAACCUGAUGAAGUUCGACAGUUAUCCGAGGUUCUUGAAGUCCGACAUCUACAAGCAAUGCUUGUCCGGAGACAUCGGCAAGAUUCAGAUGGAUAUGCAGUUGUCCAUGCAUUUUCCCGCUCCGACGCCCAAGCUGAAGAAGUCGCUUAGCAACGCGGAAGAUAGAAGAAGGAAGUCGCUGUUGCCGAGAAGUUGGCACAAAAAGAGCCGAAGCAAGUCGAAAGAUAGAGGCGAAAUCGAGUAUAAUCAACACAAGAGACCUGAUAUUAGAGCUAGUAGUGAUAAUUUGAGCAAAGAUGCUAAAAGCGACAUACACAGCAGUAGAUCGUCGCUUACCUCAUUGGAUCUUUCUGAUAUUUCAAAAUCAAAACUCGCCCAAGAAGACCGACCGGCUCUUUGCAGGGUGAAACUGAGCAACGGCUACACAACCGUAGUACAAAUUAAAGAGUCUGAACCAAUCGAUCAGCUAGUCAGUAGAUUGUUGGAGAAACGCGGCAUCAACUAUUCCUCCUACGAGGUCACGACCAACAAACAUCCGAAGGCUUUGGACACCAAGGAACCGUCCACACAAUUGGCGGGUUGCGAGGCGUACGUAGAGCAAAGGGUGGUUUUCAAGUUGGAUUUGCCCAACAAGAAGUGCAUUUGCGUCAAAUCAAAAUACACCAAGUUGAUAAUGGAGGUUUUGCGGCCGAUCUUGCACAAAUACCACUACAAUUUGGACCAAGUUAACGUGACGGAAAACGGAAGACCUUUGGACGUGCAACAGCCAGUCACUGCCAUUGAUCAGUUCAGGCUCAAAAUACAACUCAAAGAUGAUAAUGAUAUUAAGGCACCCAUCAAAAUAAGCCCGGAAAGAAAGUUGGAAGAAAUCACCAAUAAAGUAUUUGAAGACAUUCUUCAAGAAAAAUCCGCGUCGGUGUUGAUAAAACCCUGCAAAUCCGACCGCGGAUCGGUGAAGAGUGAAGACUGGGGGUCUGAACACUCCUCCAAUAUUCUCAGCAAAUUUUUGCGUCGGGAUUCCAGUGUCCAGGACCGAAAAAAGAAAUUUUCCAUCAAAAAAGUACCGUCAACGGCUGGCAGCACUGAAGAUGUGGCCGAUCAAGGUCACGUCAAAAAACCGUUAAUUGCUAAACUGAAAGCGGGCGCCAGCAAGUUGCAAGUCAACUGUAAGGAAAAAGAUGAAAUUUUAGAGGGUGUGACUAAAGCGCAAGGCCGUCGUUUGGAGGACCAGCGCGGAACGGAAAUAAACACGGAACUUCCUGACUUCCUCAAAGACAAAGAAAACGGCGACCACAAGUUCCGGAAGCCGCUGCGCAGGAGCCUCGAGCCUAAAUUCGUGGCCAGCAGCGAUACCAACGUAGCGAACAAAACGGCCACGGCGAAAACCCUGAAAACCGAGUCGCACGUUUCGAAUUACGAGAACAGAAGCGCGUUUCUGAACGGCUGCGAAGUUGGCUCCAAGUCUUCUUCUUCCACGCCGACGAAAGGCUUGGGUGUUGCUGUUGUGGAAGGGAGGAGUCCCGCGAGCAACGGCACGCCGCCCCCUCUGCCCCCCAAACCGAAGAUAAUCCCCAUCAAGCCCCAGAAUUGGGGGCACAACGGGUUCCACAAAACCGCCGAUAAAAACAGUAAGUCGUACCUGGAACAACCCACUAGCAGCUUUGUUUGA